UCCCUGAUGCUGAGUUCUGAAAACAGCUCUUCUCAUCCUGAAUUCUUCACCUUGCUUGGAAUCCCAGGGCUGAAAAACACUCAGUUUUGGAUUGCCUUUCCAUUCUGUGUCAUGUUUGUCGUGGCUGUGACUGGAAACAUCACCAUCCUGCAUAUAAUCCGAACUGACCACACCCUGCAUGAGCCCAUGUACAUCUUUCUAGCCAUGCUGGCCAUCACUGACCUGGUCCUGUCCUCUUCCACACAACCUAAAAUGUUAGCCAUAUGCUGGUUUAAUGCUCAUGAGAUUGAAUAUCAUGCCUGCCUCAUCCAGGUGUUCUUCAUCCACACCUUUUCUUCUGUGGAGUCUGGAGUUCUCAUGGCUAUGGCCUUGGACCGCUAUGUGGCUAUCUGCUUCCCACUUAGGCACUCUAGUAUCCUGACCACAUCUGUGGUGGUCAAACUAGGGGCAGUUGUGAUGGUGAGAGGGCUGCUGUGGGUGAGCCCCUUCUGCUUCAUGAUCUCCAGGAUGCCCUUCUGCCCCAACAUGGUCAUUCCCCAAUCAUACUGUGAACACAUGGCUGUGCUCAAAUUGGUGUGUGCUGAUACUAGAAUCAAUCGUGGAUAUGGGCUCUUCGUGGUCUUCUCUGUGGUUGGCUUUGAUAUGAUGGUGAUUGGUAUAUCCUAUGUGAUGAUUUUGAGAGCUGUUCUACAGUUACCUUCAGGUGAAGCCCGCUUCAAAGCUUUUGGUACAUGUGCUUCUCAUAUCUGUGUUAUCUUGGCUUUAUAUAUCCCAGCCCUUUUCACUUUCCUCACUCAUCGCUUUGGUCACCAGGUGCCCCAAGUGGUUCACAUCAUGUUUGCUAAUGUCUAUCUACUGGUACCCCCCAUGCUCAACCCCAUCAUCUAUGGAGUUAGGACCAAACAGAUCAGAGACAGGGUUAUCCAAGGAUGUUGUGGAAAAGACUCCUGA